GAUGUGUGCAGACACUCACACCUUAUCCUACAGCUCUCUGACUGAACGCACACACAGCUGCAACAUCAGUCAUGAAGGUCCUUGUGGUGCUCGCCCUCGCUGUUUUCACAGCAGGAUGCAAUGCAAACAUUGUGAGGGCUAACCAGCCAAAGCAGCAGGUCGACAUGGUGAAAGAUGCUUUCUGGGACUACGUUGCAAAGGCCACCAUGACCGCCGAGGACUCCCUGAAGCAGAUCAGACAAUCCCAGCUGGGAAAGGAUGUCAACACCAUAAUCUCAGAGAGCAGCGACGCCGUCGACAAGCUCAGCGUCGCUCUGCGCACCCAGGUGGCCCCUCUUGCCAAAAACCUCAUGAACCAGUUUACCCAGGAGGCCGAGCAGCUGAAGACCCGCGUGGAGAAGGAUCUGACCGCCAUGGGAACCCGUAUGCAGCCCGUCGCCCAGGAGCUGGUUGCUAACCUCCAGAAGCAGAUGGAUGAGCUGAAGAUGGAGGCCGCCCCUUACGCUGAGACCAUGGACCCCGAGUCCCUGAAGGCCGUGCUGCUGCAGAAGAGCCAGGAGCUGAAGGUGCAGGUGGAUAAGAGCGUGAGCCAGCUGCAGGCCCAGAUGGUCCCCUACACCGAGGAGAUGAAGGAGAAGGUGGAGCAGAGCAUGGACGAGUUCCAGAGGAGCAUGAUGCCCCUGGCCCAGAGCUUCGAGGCCCAGCUGACCCAGAAGACCCAGGAGAUCCAGCAGAGCCUGGCACCAUACGGGGAGGAGCUCAGGGCCACACUGGAUGUAGACGCCCAGAACCUGAAGACGCAGCUGAUGGCUCUGUGGAAGUCUUUCACUAAGAUGGCCCAGUAAACGGACUCAUAUGAAUGCUUGUUUCUCACUCAGAGUCGAGUUGAUGGGACGGAUAAAAAGUGCAAUAUCUCGUUUUUUUACGUGUUUAUGCUGCUGUAAGACACUCAAAUGCAACCCUCUGUCAGUAUUUCCUCCAUUGUGAUACUGCUGAAACUAUAAAUAUCAUCUUUAAAACAACAAUAAAUAAGUUAAAUGUA